UUUGCAAAAACCAUGGCCUCCAGGGGUAGGUUGGGGCCAUAAUAGGGACUACGGUUUUACAUGCAAAUAUAUAUGGAAAGUCUUCUGAUAUGGACCAAAGUGACUCAGGUGAGCGAUGUGGCCCAUGGGCCUCUUGUUUUUAUAUUAAUAUAAAUAGAUACUAGUAUAGAUUAUACAUGACAGUGUAAUUUAAACGCUUUCCAUGGCAUCUGGUCUUCAUUAGAACAGCAUUUUAAAUACCUUUGGAAUAAUAAUAUUAAAAAUCUGCGAUGCGUUUAUUGCAUUCUUGGUGGUUUUAAAUUUUACCGUAACUCUAAGUUCGGUAACAUUUUUAAUGAUAUGUAGUAAAUCGCCAUAGUCCUAUGAAGCAGAUAGACCCUUUAGAUACAUAUACCACUUAAUCACUUGACUGUUAAAUGUUUGUUAUGCACAAAAUUAUGAAAUAUGAUAAAUGAGACAUUACUGGAUAUUUAAUAAACCACACUAGUAUAAUCACCAUGAACCAAAAAAUCAGUCUAUCGAAUCUCCUUUAAAUUUCAAUUCAAAUUUCAAUUCCUUAUCGUUUCGUCGAUCAAGGCGUCUACUUUAACAACUGUUAAAAGCAGAAAAUAAAAGAGAUCCAUUGAAACCAUUGAGCUGUCAAAACAGUGUUUUUAAACAUACAAUUUAAGUCUAAGCGUAUCUGGUAUCUUCUGUGAGAUUUUCAAUAUAAGGAAUUGAAAAAGAAAGGAAUUGUGCAGAAAGAAGAAAAUUUGCACUUUCCAUGGCGGAGUUUAGCGCCACAUUUUCCUUUUUUCAAACAGAAGAAGACUUGGUUAGGUCUCCGGAAUCGUUAUUGAACAGCAGAGAAAGCAGAAAACAGACUUCACUAGCAGGUGGGUACAAAGACGGAGAUCUAGGUCGGGGAAGGAAGAGGGAACUUCAUCAUAAAAAUCCUCUUGGAACAGAAGAGAGAGGAAGCAGCGAUUUCAUCCGAAGUGCAACGUUCAUAAAUACAAACUCCAAACAGGAAGACGCAAAGGAAGACAACGUUACCAGUAAAAAGCAGUUCUUACUAGACGAUUCUCAACUUUCCAAAUUAUCAGUAUCCAAAUCGACUGGAUCUACAACCCCCAAAAUCAUCAGUGACGUUUACCUACAAUACAAAACAGAAGUAGAGGGUCUCUUCGUCUUUAACAGUGACUUUCGCCACAUCCCGGAAGAAUAUCAUCGGAAGCCCCACCCUCAUUUAGCUGGAGACGAUGAAUGGACAGACACGGAGUUUCCACUUAAUGAUAGUUUACCUCCAGGGACCACCUGGGUUAAAGCUGAAGCGUUAACAGAGAAACCCGGGUUAUUUCAAACAGACUUACGUUUUUGUACCGUACUUGGAGGUUAUUUUGAUACGUCAAAGUUCUUACUAACUUUCCUAACUGUAAUGGAGAGCCACGAAAUAUUUUCAAAGGUUGUUCAGCCUACUUGUCCUCCUGCAGAAAAGAAGACAUAUGAUCGAGUUGUUCAUUUCCGGUUCUGGUAUUUUGGGCAGUGGGUAGAUGUAUAUGUAGAUGAUGCUAUUCCUCUUCAGGAACAAUGUUUGGUGAUGACGUCACAUUCUACUCCUUUCAAAAACGACAUUGGAAUCACACUGGCUGAAAAGGCUUACGCUAAAUUUACGGGGAGUUACAAGGACAUGGAGGGAAAGGAGUUUGAUGAGUUCUUCCAUGGACUGACAGGAGGUUAUGCAGUUCAGUAUAAAUUUAGAUAUCCAAUCCAGGGGACAGAAGCGGUUUAUAACAAACUCCGAGAUGCCCUUGACAUUGGAGCGUUUGUCUUUUGCUGUGUUAAGAGUACAGAGUCGUACUUUUUUGGAUUAGGGGAGAAUCGGGCGUUUUCUAUCAUUGGGACUCUUGAGAUUACAACUUAUUUGAAUGAAGAUGUUUACCUGCUUAAGCUGAGAAACAUUUGGGGUGAUUUUGAGUGGACAGGUCCCUGGAGUCAUGGGAGCUCUGAGUGGGGUGGCUGUCCGUUUGAUGUCUACAAUAACACCAAUAGCUAUGAAGACUGUUUCUUCUACAUGGAUGUGAAAGAUUUCCUACAAUAUUUUGACGGGUUCACUAUUGGCAGUUUAAUUCCAGAUUUUGCUUUUGUCGGAACAAAUAAAAUGGAUUACCGCGCCAAUAUCUACGGAGAAUGGCGGGGGCCUACAGCAGCCUCGUUCACAAAUCACCUCCAAAACCCCAAAAUACAAUUCACUGUAUCCAGCAAAGAAAACCACGGGGAACAUUUUUGUGACGUGGGUAUCAUUUUGACCCAAAAGAUUGUACACAAGGAGCAACCAUACGGAAUUCACUGCAGCUUGUUGAAGGUGGUAGAUACAACAGAUGAAACAUACGUUGUGAAGUAUAUGGGACAGAAAAUGGAUUAUUUUACACAAGAACAAGUUGCAAUUCGACAAAAUCUCUGUCCGGGAUUAUAUAUUUUAGUGCCGUCAACCGAAAACAGCGGACAAGAGAGACAGUUUCUCAUCAGGGUGUUCAGCGACAAGGCUUUACAUCAUAUUGGGUUACUCCCGCCGAGCAGACGACUGAUUCUGUGUGGAGAAGAGGGACUGUAUCAGGAGAAAGACCUUGAAUAAUACGCGUUAUGUAAACAACAUAGUGCAUGCUUUAAUUUAGGUAUUAUUUAUAAAUAAAAUUUAUCUAUUAAUACAAUUUGCAGCACAGAAUGUCUCAGAGAUAAAUGUCACUGACAGUACAUGACCUUUGACCUACUCCAGAAUAUGCUAAUACGUAUCUACAAAGGAAUGGAUCACAAAUUUGAUUUCAAUGACAUUGGGGUUCAUCAAACCAUUAAACGAGAGCAAGGUUGUCGGAAAAUAACCUAACUAGCCAGGAGGCGUGGCUCUACUUAUAAAAUUCCAAUGCCAUUUAGUAAAAAAAAAAAUCAGAAUCAAAUGAAAGGUUUUGUCAUGAGCAAUGUUUAAGUGAAAUAAUUAAGUCCUACUCCAUUGGUUCAAAAGAUAUACAUGUAGCCAAGGUGAAAAUGUUUUGAUCAGCAGGUCAAAGUCCAAGGCCACCAUGUCAAAAGUCUCGACACCAAAUGAAAUAUCUUGUAAUGAGUAAUCUAUAAGUGAACGAUCAAAAUCUCUAUCCCUCUCGGUUCAAAAGAUACAGCCAAGGUUAAAGUUUUGGACCAAUAUGUCAAAGUCCAAGGUCAUCAUGUCAAAAGUUUUGAUACUAAAUGAAAGGCUUAACCAUGAGGAAUCUACAUGUAUAAGGGAAAUAUCAAAGUCUUAUUACCCUUGGUUCAAAAGAUAUAGUCCAGUGGUUUUAAAAAUCCCCUUAAAAUGUGAUACUGACGCGGACAUGAUGUCAUGACAAGAGCUCUCCAGAUAUUCGUCAUAGCGAGCUAAAAAGUGUUUAUUUAUGAAAAUUAUUGGUGCUAAUAAAAUAUUUACAAGUUUUUUUGUAAGUAUUAUAAACGAGUACGUACAUAUUGCGUCCUCGUUGCAUAACCAAAUGACCAUCCACCUUUCUGCCUUAUCAAUUUAAAAACUUACUUUACGUCGAUGUAAUUUAUCCGUAUCUGUUAUGACAGCAGUGAACAGCGUACAGCCCAUUUGAAUGAGUAACGAUUUUUAAAUAACCACAGAAACAGAAACAAUCUACCUGGUUUAUUAUUUAAACUGAAAUCAUGUCUUGAAUGCAUCGUGACUUUGUUACAUAUUCAAUAAAAAGAUUGUUGUACAA